UGCAGCCUAGCACACUUGUUUCCUGUACCUUUCAGCCAGGUCUGCUACGGUAAAGCCUGCAGCUCUUGGAGAGAAUGGACUUGAACUUAGCCACUGUCUUCACUGUUCUUGCAAUUGUAGUUAUUCAGACAUCUGAGGCUACCAUGUUUCCAGUGUCCUUUAACUGUUGUACAAAAGUAUCACACCAUGUUCCCAGAAGUCUUCUACGGCAAGUACAGAUGUAUGAAAUCCAGAAAGAGGAUGGAGUAUGCCACUUACCAGCUGUUAUCCUUUAUGUGAGACAUGAAUGGUUAUGUGCAAGCCCACAUAAUAAAAAUGUUAGAAAAUGGCUACAGAAGAAUACAUCCAAGAUUCUUAGAAGAAAUGUUCAUACUGGGAGGAAGGAGAGAAACAAGAGCAAACACAAAAUUAAACACAACAUUGUGAAAAACACUACUGGGCUGAAAUAAAACCUGUGAUGGAGGUAUCUGUAGAAUGCUACAUUGUAUCCACUGCAACCCAGAAAAAAACACCAGAUUAAGAAUUCAUGUGCUGGAUGACUGCUCAACAUUGUGUAGUUACAAUCUAUAACUUCAUAGGCUAUAAAAAUAAUCUUUCAAAAGCCCCAAAGCAAGCUGCAAUAGAUAUCAACUGUACCUAUUCUUUAUCCCUUUUCAAUUGUACCUUGAGAUGAUCUUGUUUCUGGAGUAUUCUACUAGUAAAAUAAGGCUGGUAAAGGAAAUAGUUGAUGAAUUAGAAAUGACAUGUCAUUGGCAUGUCUACUCUGCCUCAUCUGCUGUGACCUCUAUAAUCUGCAAUAGUAUGUAACUUCAAACUCUGUAACUGUCUCCCUUGACUUUCAGAGCUGUCCCUUUCAUCUUACUCUGAUCUCCAUUUUAAGAUCUCUUUGUGUAAGUCUUCCUCCUUCUCAUUCUCCUUUGGGUUUUAUCCCUGGUGUUCUCUUCCUUUUAAUUUACCUUCUGAGCUUGAACAGAGACCGGGACCAUCUUUGUCCUACUGACUCAUGAAUGGAAUUCUCCCAACCUGCCUUCUCCUUUCCAGUUGUGUAGCUACUUCAUGUUCUGUCUGGGGGAUCACCAGUCAUGGCUGCAGCUUGCCAAAAUGUCAACUUUGUUUUCUACUUCAACCCUUCUAUGCUUCCAGCAUUCCUUGCCGCUGACAAUCCUCCGUGCCCCUUAGGCUCAAAAUCUAGGGGCCCAAGAUUCUGGCAGCCUUGCUACCUACUUCUUGCCCUUUUUCUCUGAGUGCUGUCUUUGUGCCUUCUUUCAUGUUACCCCCUACUGUUUGGAGUAGUUUCCCAGACUCAUUUCUCCAGGUUCCUUCCCUUCUUCAAAUGACUGACUUCCUCAGCAAAACAUACAAGCCCCAACCCAUGGCAGUCAGUUACAUUUUCCACUGUACCAAAGUGGAAACAGUGAUUAAGGGGAAGUAGGGGAUUGAAAAUUUAGAAAGUUUGCGGUAUCCUUAUGAAGAGAUAUGAGAGAAUUAAUAGGUCAGGAAUGAUACAGGUGCUUGUAACAAUCACUUGAUCUUGCCCCAAAAGGCCAAGAAGUCCAGUAUUACUGUAACCCUCAUUUUCCUUCCACUGCUCUUCCAAUUAUUGUUUGUUAUUUUUACUUACUGUAUCGAGUCUAAAAUUAGAUUCUUUGUUCCCUGGAGCAACGCUGUCUCUUGUAUCUUCUGUAAAGCACACAGGGCACGUUAAAUGUUUUUAUAACUAAUAAUGAUCUGCAUACAUAUGACAAGGAUGCAUGCAGGUCACUAGAUAUCAGAAGCAGACAAUGGUUUCCCCAAAACAAAGAAAAAUGGCUGUCCUUGGUGAAUAGCUGGCUCCCUCAGCUGCUGAAGUGCACUAUGAUGAAAGAAAUAGCAAUCGGUAAGAAAAAGCCAAGGCCUGCAUCACAUCUGUGCAAGUGGGAUAGAAGCGUUGGUGGUUUCAAGUCUUCCUCCAGUCCUUACCGGAUACAGGGACUAAAGCAGGCCCUGGCACAGGUUGGAGCUGCACCUGCUGGAACUGUUUGUAUAAACUCUUCUGCUAACCCAGGAUUUCUCCUGACUUCUAACAUACCCAGAAUAAUUCCUGCUACACCACAGUGAGGGAGUCGAUGGCACAAAUCUAGCUUUCUAGCAGCUGAGAAUUCUACCAGGCAGGAAACUGAAUUCUCUAGUUGGUCUAAUAAAAGAUAUCGCCUCUACCACACUGACUACCAGGCAGGAAAAAUCCUCAUCAGGCUGCCUAAGGCAGCUUAAGUCUCCUUUGUACUAUUGGAAGAUUCCAGCCAGGGCUGAGGCUCUGCCAUGAGACUUAUUUCUCAAGCUGAUAUUUUUGGCAGGGCUGUGGCUCAGCAAACUUUCAGCUAGGAUACAAAGUCAAGAGUUGCUUCCACACAGAGGUAUAGGUUGUAGCUGUGUUGGUCUAAGGACAUAGGUAGACAAGGUUCUUUGGGUAAAUCUGAUAUAUUUUAUUAGACCAACUCAAAUAGUUGGAAAAAUUCAUGUUUGCAAGCUUUUGGGUAUAAAUACCUUUUGUCAGGCUGAGGAAACAUCUGCAGGUGGUGUGUGCUCUUCCUGGAUGGAAUGAAUAGUAAAGAAGCCAGCAGCUGGUAUGCAUGCAAGAAAGGCAGUCAGUGAAGUUGUAAAUUGAGGAGUCAAUAGGUGACAGACAGGUUGGGGUUGGGGUUGGGGGGAGGGGAAUGAAUGGAGCUGGUAAAUAGUGGAGAGAUACUUGGGGAGUCAAAUUUUAGGCAGGUUAUAAUGUGUCAUAAAUCCAAUGUCUAUAUUUAGUCCAUGAUUUUUUUUGUAUCAAGGAGUUUGAUGAAGUUCAUAGGCUUGCCUGCAAAAGGUGUUUUGUAAAUCCGCUUUGAGGAUUAGAACUGAGAGUUUGGAGAGAGAAUGGUUUUCUUGUGAGAAAUGUGCCCCUACAGGUAAUUGGGUAUUUUUGUCUUUGAUAGAUUUCUGGUGUGUGUUCAUCCUGGUGCACAGUUGUUGUUUGGUCUACCCUACACAGAUUUUUUUUGCUUCCACACAGAUUUUUAAAGGCAUCUAGAUACCUAAAGAUGCAGAAAGGCUCCUAGGGGAAUUUUCCAAAGCAUCUGGCUAGCUCCCACCUGCAUCACUGGGCAUCUAAGUAUUCUUACAAACCUGUCCCUUGGAACGGAAUCCAUAACACAGACCAAGGCUGAGGCAAUGUUUCUGGGGAAUAUUUUGUAAAUGAAAGGUUACUGCUGCCAUAAUUUCAGCAUGUGUUCUGUGUUAAAUAGUAUUAUGGCUACUGAAUAUCCAUUGGCUAUUGCAAAUAUUAAAAUAUAUUAUGUGCUGUAUACAAAAAUGAUUUCUAAUCACAUUGUGUCAAAUGCAUUCAUUAUUGUAAACAGAUGGGUGCAAUGCCAGAUCUGUUGCUUACAUAGUCCAUUGAUUUGCAUGCAUAGUUUAAUAUAUUGCAAGAAGUUAAUUAUAUAGUUCUGGUCCUAGGCAGAACCCAGUGCAUCUACAUGUUAAUAUGCAGCAAUAAACUUCAGCACCAGCUCAACAUGCUAGCUCAACAUGCUGCACAAGGUCUGGCUGGGGCACAAAGGUGCUUCAGUGUGGCACUAGCCAGCAGGCAGCCCCUGCACUGAAGCACCCUCAUGCCCCAGCCAGCUGAGUCAUUGUCUAAGAGUGUGCUGGUCCUGCCUAACUGGCUGGGCCUCUACUCCCAAGAGUUCCCAAAAACAGCCUGCUGCACUGCAUGAUAGGUGCAUGGGCUUAGUCCAAUGUCAUCACAUCACAGUAGCAAUUCCAGUUCAAGGAUUACAGGAUUACUUAAUUAGGAACGUUACAGGUUGUUUUUGACUGUGUGUACAUUUUCUCAUGGCAUUGUAUAGCCUGAAUCUUCACCUCCUGGGUUUUUAUGUGUUGAGAAAUUAUGUAUUUAUAGCUGAAGCUGCUAUGCCAUUCUCCUUGCUCCCUCCCCAAAUAAGAGACUAUACAAAUAAACGAGUUGUAUUCUAAACAGACA